AUGAGUAACGGGCCUACCAUAUACGCUGCAGGCAUCAUCGUUAUACUAGUAUGCAUCAUUGCCUUCUUGGCCCUUCGAACUAUUCUCAUUCGACAACGACAGCGUCAAUUGGCAGACGCCGAGAACCGCGUCCCGAACAUCGAGGGUUUGACACCCAUUGUCGCACCAGACUGCCCUAUGGUCAUAACACGACCGAUACCAUCACCACCGCGAACAACCCUUUCUCGAGAUACACUACCCGAACCCGUCCUGCAUGCAGCCGACCUCGACGCAGGAGGCCGUCGUUUAGGCGUCCAAAGUCCAACUGCUGCCCAGCAGCCUAUAGCGAGCACAGACAUGCUCCCGCCGUACGACGGCAUCGGGGCGCCUCCAAAGUACUCCGCAUGA